UGGGAGAAGAGGAGGAGGAAGAAUAGGAGGAGGGAGGCGGGUUGCUCGGCUGCUUCUGGAGAAAAUCCACUCCAGACAGACGAACUUCCUCCUCUCCUGCACGGCCAGCUUUAAAAACUCCCCUCCCACAACAUUUUCUCCCCCUCUCCACGCUGACUCGCCAUCAGAGAGGAGGAGGCUCUCCAGACGUUCACAGGCUCAUCCUUUCUGUUCUCUGCAUCCCUUUUCAUGUCUUCUGAGACUUCCUGAAGGACAUUUAAGACAACACUGAAUCUGUGCAUCUGCAGGGGUGUUGUCUGUGACUGGAGAAAAUGAGAGCUGAGGUGCUGGUCUUCUGGGUGGCUUUGACCCUGUGCUGCGCUCCGGUCGCUGCUCGAGAAGAUGUGGAGGAGGACGACAAACUCUCCGGGGACCGGGUUCAGCUGAGAGCCCCCCGAGGACUGGUCGAGCCCAGGAGACAGACGGAGGAAGAGGGGGUUCAAAUGAAAGAUGAGCCGGUUGAAGUGGUGCAAGAGGAGAGCACAAAACCAAAGAAAAAGAAAACACCUGAGGAAAUUGAGGCAGCCAGGGCAAAGAAAGCAGCAGAGAAGGAAGCCAAGGCAAAGAAGCAGAAAGCUCCUAAACCCACCAAAAAGCCCAAAGGCCCCAAACCCACCAAGAAACCGAAAGCACCAAAACCCACAAAGAAGCCGAAGGCGCCCAAAGCGACCAAGAAACCAAAGCAGGUGACCACAGUGCAGCCCAAAACCACGAGUCCGCCUCUGGACCAGGAAGAGGAACUGAGCUGGGACACAGUGGUUCCACCUGUGACCCCGACGGUGCCCGGAUGGGAAGAGCCGGUCGAGCCAGGCCUCGAUGACGUGCCUGGUGGACGCCAAGAUAACAGAAAGACCACGACUACUGAGGUCAUCAUGUACAUACCAGGUACCCCUCUGUCAUACUAUCUGGGUCCAGAUUUUUCUAUAUAUGGCAAAGUUUUUUUUUUUACUGUGGGUCAUGUGGGUCGUGUGCAGGGCUCCAAGGACGAGGACGACCUGUACGGCGGAGCGUGGUGCGCCGAGCCAGAAGAGAAGAACCACUGGUUCGAGGUGGACGCCCGCCGAGAGGUGGAGUUCACGGGGGUCAUCACUCAGGGAAGAAACUCCGAGCAACUGGAGGACUUUGUGUCGUCCUACUUUGUGGCCUUCAGCAACGACAGUCGUGACUGGACAACGCUGCAGGACGGCUACGCUGAAUGGUUGUUUUACGGGAACGUGGACAAGGACACGCCGGUGCUGGGUCAGUUCAGCCCCCCCGUGGUGGCGCGCUACAUCCGCAUCCUGCCUCAGAGCUGGAACGGCAGCUUGUGUCUUCGAGCCGAGAUCCUGGCCUGUCAGCUACCCAGUAGCUACCGCAGUGAGAACGAAGUCAACCCAUCCGAUGACCUGGACUUCAAACACCACAACUACAAGGACAUGAGACAGAUGAUGAAGGUGAUAAACGAAGAGUGUCCCAACAUCACCAGGAUCUACAACAUCGGUAAAAGUUCUCAGGGCCUGAAGAUGUACGCCAUGGAGAUCUCCGACAACCCCGGAGAGCACGAGACAGGUGAGCCAGAAUUUCGGUACACAGCCGGUCUGCACGGGAACGAGGUGCUGGGUCGAGAGCUGCUCCUCCUGCUGAUGCAGUUUCUGUGCAAGGAGUACAACGAUGGGAACCCCAGGGUGCAACGCCUGGUGGACGGAGUGAGAAUACACCUGGUGCCCUCGCUCAACCCCGACGCUUACGAACUGGCCUUCGAGAUGGGCUCGGAGAUGGGGAACUGGGCGCUGGGCCACUGGACCGAGGAAGGUUACGACAUCUUCCAGAACUUCCCCGACCUGAACAGCGUCCUGUGGGGAGCCGAGGACAGAGGCUGGGUCCCCCGCGUCGUGCCCAACCAUCACAUCCCCCUCCCGGAAAACUUCCUCAACGGCUCUCUCGCGACUGAGACAAAAGCCAUCAUUUCCUGGAUGGAGCGCAACCCGUUUGUGCUCGGAGCUAAUUUGCAAGGAGGAGAGAAACUGGUCGUGUACCCUUUUGACAUGCAGCGUCCAGCAAUUUCUCUAACCGACAGCCAGCGGUGGAGAAGCAACGCCAACAUGAACGAGGAGACGUGGGCUCGCAUCCAGCGGCAGAGGGAUGGGUCUCUGAGGGAGACGCCAGACGACGCCAUGUUCCGCUGGUUGGCGAUGUCGUACGCCCACAGCCACCUGACCAUGACGGAGACCUACCGCGGCUCUUGCCAUGGCGACGAUGUCACCGGGGGACAGGGCAUCGCCAACAGAGCCAGCUGGGAUCCAGUGGUGGGCAGUAUGAACGACUUCAGCUACCUGCACACCAACUGCUUCGAGCUGUCCAUCUUCCUGGGAUGUGACAAGUUUCCCCACGAGAGCGAACUGCCUCUGGAGUGGGAGAACAACCGCGAGGCUCUGCUGUCCUUCAUCGAACAAGUUAACCGAGGGAUAAAGGGUGUCGUGAGGGACGUGGAGGGGAAUCCGCUGCCUAACGUCACCAUCUCUGUGGAGGGGAUCCGGCAUGAUGUCAAGACGGCUCCCAGCGGCGACUACUGGCGGCUGCUGAACCCCGGCGAGUACCGGGUGACGGCCAAGGUUGACGGCUACACCCCUCAGACCAGACUCUGCAUGGUGGGCUACGACUCGGGGGCCACGUCCUGCAGCUUCACCUUAGCCAAAUCCAACUGGGACCGGAUCAAACAGAUCAUGGCGCUCCACGGCAAGAGGCCCAUUCGACUGGUCCCCAAAGUCACCGCGGUGAAAACCACCGCGCCCAGCAGCCCGGCGACCGCCACCGCCGGCGGCUACGGUCACGCCAGCGCGCAGAACGCAGAGCGACUCCGGCGGCUCCGGAUCAUGCGUCUACGGCGGCUGCGUCAGCAGAGACUACGAGCCGGACUCGGCACAACUCCUGCUACCAUGACAACAACCACAACCACCACAACGACAGCCGCCCCGACAACAAUACCGGAAACAGAGAGGACAACGUCCUGGUACGACUCCUGGUUCCCGGUGGACAGUUUGAUGACGGAGAACCCGUUCGACCGAGUCGACUUUAACCCGGAGUCCACGCAGGACUAUCCCUUUGAAUACACUAUUGAUUGAAUGUAACAUUCAGAAAAACCCCACAUCUCUGUAUACUUUACUAACCACAACACCACAGCUUUAAUAAAAAAAUAUAAAAAACACAUAGGUCGUUAAUUAUUCAGUUCCCAGAAAGUUUUCACUCGUUGGCUGAACUUUGAGUGUUUUUCCCCGAAUGAUUUGAUCCAUUUUCAAGGCACUUUUUGUUGUUUUUCCCCACAUUUUGGGACAUUUUUCCACUUUUUUUUAGUGUUCCUUUAUAAUUUUUUCCCCCAAUGCUAUAAGUGGAGAUGAAUGUGACUUUAACCCUUGUGUUGUCUCCCAUUGACGAUGCAAUUUUGGUUUUUAUGGGUAACUAUUUGGUUUGUCUUUUGUUGACACAUUUGUCCCUUUCCCGACGUUUUUGGACACUUUUUCCAAUGUUUUUAUCCAUUUUUUCUUUGCUUUUUGACGCAUGUUGUUGUUUUUUCCCACGUUUUUGGACACUUUUU